GUCAACUGUAUUCGGAUUGCUUGGCUCAGUGGGUGGGUUUGAUAUAGGGCUUCCAGUAUCAAAAAACAAAUUUAAAAAAUCGAUUGUAAAAUGGCAACAUCAACAUUUUCAAUCAGACGUCAACUGUCAAAGUGUAAAAUUUUCAAAUCAAACGGUUCAAAACAGUUAAUCGCUGCGUGUGUUAAUUUGUUUUUGUUGCUGUUUUUCCUGUGAAAAAUUAUGAAGGACAAUAACCGAAAAUGUGCAAAAUGCAAUGCAUCCACAGCACAAGAUUCAGAAGUAGUCUUACAUCGUUUUCCGAAACCAGGACCUUCCAACGAACAGCGGUUGGUAGCAUGGGCAAAGUUUUGUUACCCAGAGGAGAACUGGAAUUCUGUAGAAUUUCAGAGAAGCCUUUAUGUAAGCCAUAAAAUGCUUUGUUCUAAGCAUUUUCCCGAAAGUGCAUUUGUUCUUGAUCAUUUACAAAGGAAAAAGCUGCAUAGAUAUUCCAUUCCGUCUGAACCUACCACAUCAACACACAACUCUCAAGUUGAUAUUUCCUUUGCUGCAACUGGAGUCAGUCAGGGAUGGACUGGAACUUCAAGAGCAUCUGAUUCAAUCAACUCAUCUGAUUAUUCACAUUUGGAACAGCCUGGAACUUCAAAAGCAACAAGUUCAACUAUUGAUAGUAUACAGACACCAAACUCAUCUGGUGUUAAAUCCAUUGAAAAAACUACUCGAGAAAAGCGACUCAUGAACAAGUGCCGAAGAAACUUACGCAAAAUUUGCAGUCUACAAAAACGAAUUAAAAAGCUGAAAACACAAAAGAUUUUGGAGGCUCUCAUUGAUGAUGAUGCAGUACAAGAGUUGUCAACUGACCUGACUAGUUCUUUUGCUGUUUUAUUACAAGGGCAAUUGUUAAAUUGCAAGAGAAAAACAAGAGGACGCCGAUGGAAUUUGCAUCAAAAAAUUCUCGCUUUAAGGCUAUACAAAAGGUCACCUGCCACUUACAGACUACUACGACGUCUGUUUUGUUUACCAUGUCAAACAACACUCAAAAACUUGUUAAAUAAGCUUCCUUUAAAACCUGGCAUCAACAAUCAUCUUUUUGAUGUUGUGAAAGGAAUAGCUGUCAAUAACAAUCCACUAGACAAUGAGUACAGUUUGUUGUUUGAUGAAAUGUCGAUCAGAAAAAAUUUGAACUACAAUUCAAAAUCUGAUCAAAUUGACGGAUUUCAAGAUCAUGGAGGAGACCAUGGGCGAGAUCCACAAGUAGCAAGUCAUGCUCUAGUAUUCAUGAUUUUAUGUAUCAGGAAAAAAAUUAAACAGCCAGUGGCAUAUUAUUUGUCAGGAGAUCAUGUUACUGCAGACAGAUUAAUGAUCUUGAUCAAAGAGGUCCUCCAUGCUUGUUUUCAUGCGGGCAUCAUAAUUGCUGCAACUGUUUGUGAUAUGGAUGGGGUAAAUAGAAGAGCACUUACACAACUAGGGGCAUCUGUUGAACAACCAUAUUUUAAAUUUGAAGAGCAUGAAAUUGUUGCUCUAUAUGAUACACCCCAUCUUCUCAAAUGUUUUAGAAAUUUAUUUCUAAAAUACAACAUUAAAUGCAGCAGUAAUGUUGAAUGCAAUGGAAGACAAAUUGCAGAUAUCGCGAAGUGGAAUCACAUUGAAGAAUUUUUUGUAUUGGAUAACAACAACCCAUUUUUCGUGUUUGCGCCUGCCCUAACCAAGAGCCACUUAAGUCCGAAUAAUAAACAAAAAAUGAAAGUGAAAUUAGCCGCGCAGGUUUUGAGUCAUACAGUGUCCGCUGGAAUGUAUGCAAAAAUUACCCAAGGAGAGCUGCCAACAGAAGCACUUGCUACAGUCAACCUACUAAACAAAAUCGACCAAUUGUUUGACAGCUUAAAUGCGGACUCUCCAAGUUUAAAAAGAGGCAAAAAAUAUUUGAGAAAUAUUUCAGACCGGAGCCCUCAUUUUGCAUAUUUCAAAGAAAUGAAAUUAUUUUUUAAGAACUGUCAGUUUAUUGGUGCAAAGUCGAGGGCUCCGUCACUGGAUGGAUGGAUCCAAACCAUGGCGGGAGUAGAAAGAAUAUGGCGGAAUUUAAAGUUAAAAUACCCCGAAAUUGGGAGUUUAUCCACCAGGAGACUGCAACAAGAUGCCUUGGAGAAUUGUUUUGGGUGUGUCAGGAGUAAUUGUGGAUCUAAUUGCAACCCAACAGUCUCACAAUUUGUUGCAGCUUUAAAAACAGGAAUCAUUUCAAAUUUGUCGGCACCAAGCUCAGCAGCAAAUUGUGAGACCGAUGAUGCUAUCAUUCUUGAUAAUUUAAAUUUAUUUUUGACCCACAAUGCCAAACUUGACGUAGGCCGUCCAUCAGCAGUAAGCAAUGAGGCGGAUUGUUGCAGUUUAUCCAUGGAUCAAAUGGAUGAAUGGAUGGACGAAAAUACUGGGGAGAUGCAGGCAUGCGCCUAUGUUUGUGGUUAUAUAAUUAAGAGAAUGGAAACAAAUUGUGAAUCAUGCCUACAAUCUUUGACCUCCUCUACGGAUACUGUGUGCCAUUUGUUUUCUAUAUUUAAAGAAUAUGAACAUGACAAACGAUGUCUUAAAUAUGCAAACAUAAAAAUGGUUGAAUGUGUAGAAAAAAGUGCAACAAUCAUUGUAUGA